CCAAUGCUAUGGCACGACCACCCAAUCCAAUCGAUGAGCACCGCGACUAUGUCAGUUUGCUGUACCUCAAUGGCGUCUCGCGAAGCCAGAUCCAGUAUAAGCUUCGGAAGCAUUACCAUAUCGCUAUUAACCUCAGCACAAUCUCCCGUCGGAUAGCCAGCUGGGGACUUCCACGUCAGCAAUCACGCACCAUUGAGACACCAGAGCUUAUAGAGGCUAUCCACGACCUGAUCCUUCGCAUUGGGCUUAGUGAAAGGCAGACCUUGAGUGUCCUGCAGAGGCAAGGCUGGCCCAUCACCAAAAGAGGACUCAAACAUAUCAGACUCCACCCGGACCGCCGCUGGAUACGUCGUAUUAAUAGCGAUGAAGAACAGCUUGCUUUGCUGAAGAAGACGGAACAGGUUAUUGUUGAGAUGACGCAAAGGUCUAAUGUCAUUGCAGGAUAUGGAAGACGUUUUCUGCAGCCCUAUCUGCGCCAGCAACAGCAACUCUGGAUACCAAGAGAUCCCCUCUUUGAGAUGUAUAAAAUCAUAUUCCCGAGCGAGGUUGAGAUGCGCAAACGGAUGAUGCGGAGGAAGAAGGGACAGUUUCUGGUCCCCGGACCAAACUACCAGUGGUGUAUUAACGGUCACGACAAGCUGAAGGCAUAUGGCUUCCAGAUAUACGCUGCGAUCGAUGCCUACUUACGCAACAUUAUCUGGUUCUAUGUCGGGCCUUCUGCUUCGACUGCCUUAAGCGUGUUGAAACAGUAUCUGGCUGCGUGCGACGCCUACAACUUCCGCCCGUGGUAUCUGCAGGCAGAUAGGGGUAGCGAAACGCCCUUAGUUGCAGCAGCCCAUUGGAACUUCGCUUUGGCCGCUGGCGGAUGCGAUUCCUAUAAGGCAGCACCGAGCACGAAGAACGUUAGGAUUGAGAGUUGGUGGGAGCACUACUUUGGAGAGCUUAAGAACCGGCCUUAUGUUAUUUAUGGCCAACCCUGGAUGAAUUACUAUUACCCUAAUCCAAGCAAGGCUUGCAAUUGGGGAAUCUCCAUCGAUUGCACAGUUCUAGGUGAGUUAGUACGGCCAUUGGCUAAUAUCGAUAUUAGUAUAUAUCUUAAGCCGGAAAUAAAGAACUGGUACUGCGAAGUUCUUAGGGAAAUGGGUUAUAAUAAAGUAAUUCUUAGCAAUUACCAGGAGCCUGACAAGUUGCGCCCAUUUAAGCGCUUCUACCUUAGCCUUCGAGAUAGAAUCAUUCGGCACAUCAAAACAUUACUUGCACAAGCAAAUCAAGCCCAGCAAGAUGAACUUGUAGAUAUAAAACCGGCAGAACAGCUACUUAUUGAACUUGGUGUUAAAGAUGAAAAUAGAAAUGACAUUAAGGGAAUAAGUAAUAACGAGGGGGAGGAUGGCAU